AUGGAAACGUCGUCUGACAGCUCUGACCCAGAUGUUGCAUACGAAACAGUUACACCAAACGAAGUUGAGCGUCUAGUGGGCUUCCCGAAACAUGCUUCCUCGUAUGAUUCGGAAGACGGAAGCGAAUUUUCAUUUCAAAAUAAAGACAGCCUAGAAAAUGGCCUCCCCCCUUUGAAACCUCUCUCCAAAUCGGAUCUUUUUGGUAAUCCUACUAUUUACCAGGACAAACAAGCCGGAAAGCAACACUUGUAUGUGGGCUCAAAAAAAUCUCCUUUACAGGAUAAAACCAAUGUAUAUGCAAACGAGCAAAAUCUGUUUAAAAAUGUUCUUCACAACUUUGGCACGGGUCAAAGGUUGCUAGUGUCAGAUUUGAUCAACCAUUUUGACAAAGAAGCAUUCCCUGAAUCUGAAAGCAAGUUCAUCAACCAAAGAAGCCAUAUUAACCUGCUAUCGGCCAAGCUCUCCGAGUUGGAGCCUGAUACAGGCAAUGUUUCUUCGCCAAGCAGCGAUUAUGGGUCAUCUUCUGCAUACGACCCACUUUCUAUUCCUCCUCAUCCAAAGAUACCUCAAUCCCCGUUACCGAACGAAGAUAGUGCGGACAUUGGGAACAAGACCAGUUCUACGAUGUCUUGGCAACCACCUCAAGAAAACUAUCCAUUUUCCCAUCAGAAAGAGAGUAUGUGUCGUCCUGAGACUCCUGUUACCAAAUAUCCCACAACACAAUCUUUAGAACUGAAUCAUAGUAGUGAGUUUGAGCGCUCGUCUGAAUACUACCAUCUACUGAUAGAAAAAGACAAAGCUGAUGUCCGCUACCAGAACCUGCUGUCCGAUCACAAUAGGCUCAUGGAGAGAUUCUUGUUCAUGCACGAGGAGAGCGAGAAGCUAAAAUGUCUUUUGCAAGUACUCAAUGAGGAAAGAAGUCGUGAAUUAAAACGAUACAAAGAAGCAAAAGCCUUCUACGAAUCGCUAGAAAAGAAGCACGACAUAGAACUUGAAAUGCUAGCUAAUUUCAUCAGGAAUGCUUUUGAAGAUAUAAUAGGAGUACCGAUUGAGGGCUAUGAAACACUAGAAAACGACAUAUCUCAUCAUACCCAAUGUAUCAAACUUUUAGAAAUGCUGCGAGUUGCGAUCAGGACGAAAGAGCGCAUGAACGUGAAAAGUCACGCGUCUGACAUCCAGAUGCUAAGAAGAAGAAUGGAACAUAUGGAGCUGGAUUCAAGUGAGAUAAGACAGCAAUGCAGAUAUGCUGGUAAGUGGCUUGAAGCAACGUAUUGCUCUCUUCUAGGUAUAUUGGGAGGCAGUGUAUUUGUACCCGACAAACAAGUUCUGCUCACCGUGGAUACUAUCCAGCAGACAAUACAAGACAGCGCAGAGAAAGAUGCCGAGUGGAUUCACAAUGGAGUCAUUGCUGCGCUGAUACGUGAGUUGAAUGCUAAGUAA